AUACCAGUGAGAAAUGGUUGUCUCGAUGCGGUGGCUUUUGUCGGUAUUCACUUUUUUAUGCAUGAAAUACAGCGAAGCUUCUAAUCCUAGAGCAAUUAUUUUACAAAAUUUUAUGGAUAGCAAUAAGGAGGCUGUGAAAAAUUUGAAGGAUGACAAUGUUUUAUCGAAAGCCCUAGUCAAAACCUUUGGCCUAAAUUCGAGUUCAUCCUCUUCGUUGAGUGAUGAGUCAUCUUCCAACUUGGUACUCAUGGAUUCCACAACACCAUGCGACUCCGGCUGGACAAAAUCCACAGUAAACGGGAUGUGCUAUAAAAUUGCAACAGCAGAUACUACGUGGUAUGCAGCAGAGGAUUGGUGUUAUAGUCAGAGAUAUGGGUCACAUUUAACAUCUGUUCAUAGUGAAGCGGAAGCACAAUGGAUUGCAGCGACUUAUGUGUCCACGGGGUGGUUUCCAUAUAUGGACAAUUGGCUAGGCCUCAGAAGAAGUUGCGAUAAUAGUACGUAUAUUUGGACUGAUGGAACACCAGUCGACUACUUGUGGUGGCAACCUGGUUAUCCUGGAUCAGGGGACCCAGAAAAAAGUUGUGUCACUAUUUGGGUCACUUCUUUGUUGAAACUUAAUCCGGGCUACGUGCAAGGACAGUUCGACGACAUUUGGGAUUGUGGAACCAAUCUGGCUACACCUACUUGUCGUUAUGACCCCACGUCAACUGCGCCCCAUAUUAAAUACGAUACGAGUUACACAUGUGCGUCGACAACUACAGUUUCAACAACUUCAACCGUUACUACAACUAAACCUACCACCACUACAACGACUCCAACUACGACGACAACCACACCCACAACUACAACUACAACUCCAACAACGACUCCUACAACCACAACAACAACCCCGACAACGACCACAACGGAAAGCACAACAACUGAAACAACAUCAACUACGACUCCAACAACCACGACCACAGCGCCAACUACCACAACCACGGCAUCCACAACAACUUUCAAAACUACAACGAUAACUACUACAACACAAACCACAACCCCAACAACUACUGCAACCACUACCAAGCCGACGACAACAACGCCAACUACAACGAGAACACCUGUCGAUUGUUCAGCAAAGUGUGACCCAUUUUGGGUUAGUUAUAGUGAUGGAUGUUAUGCGAAGAUUCAAGGAACAGCUACUUUUGAAACCGCCAAACUGGGCUGUCAAUCGGUUGGGGGAGAAAUGGCAGUAAUCACUGACGCAGCGAUGAAUGAGGCUAUAAGAUUAGCCUUCAGUACAAAUAUUGAUUCAAGUGUUUCGAAUCAGGCAUGGAUCGGAACAUCUUCAUAUUCUAACUGGGCGCCCGGCAAACCUGACAAAGCACAAGGAGUUGCAUAUUCCAGUUAUUGCAAUGUGAUUGCGUUGUCAGUUGUUAAUAAAGGAAAAGACUUUGGAUUUUCACGAGGUGUAUGGACCGAUUAUCCAUGUUCAUUGAAACAAGAAUUUGCAAUUUGUAAACGUAUUUAAUUAUGAAUCGUUUAAUUAUGAUUUCGUUGCACAUCAUGCAGUAUUUCUUGUUUUUAACUGCGGUCUAAUAAAUAAGACUAAACAA